AUAUGUUGUCUGCUUCCGGGUGUAGGGUGCCCUCCUGACAGCACCCGCUGUGAUUGUACACAUUGGGAGCUUGUCUCCCAGAGUCCUGUGUUGACAAUAAACACAGGGCUCUGUACAGAGGGAAUGAUGUCUCUCUUUCUCAUCCCUGCAUUCACUAUAUCUGCUCUCCCAGGACCCUGCAUUCACUAUAUCCGCUUUCCCAGGACCCUGCAUUUCACUAUAUCUGGUCUCCCCAGACUCUGCAUUCACUAUAUCUGGUCUCCCCGGACCCUGCAUUCACUAUAUCUGGUCUCCCCGGACCCUGCAUUCACUAUAUCUGUUCUUCCCGAACCCUGCAUUCACUAUAUCUGGUCUCCCCGGACCCUGCAUUCACUAUAUCUGGUCACC